AUGAAGCGUCACACAACUGCAAUGCCACUGAGCGUUGGUUCACUGGGAGGAAGUAGUGUUGGUGAUAGCUACAACCAGUUUGCUGGUUUGGUAGGUAUGGAAUCUACUGUGACAUGUGGUGGACAUAAGGGAAGAACUGAGACCGAGCAUGCCCUUUUGGAGANUCUCUCAUCAAAACAAAUGUUUCCUAUUCGACCACUGCGUUUGCUGGUUCCUUGUAGCUACCCCAACGUCUCUCCAUCUAUUCUGGACAUACUCCCGGUUGAAACCAGCAAAGAGAACGAGGACCUCUCGUCCAAAGCUAUGGCAAGGUUCAACAUAUUGCUAAGAAGUUUGUCACAGCCAAUGUCGCUCAAAGACAUAGCCAAGACAUGGGACGCUUGUGCUCGGGCAGUGAUUUGUGAGUACGCACAGCAAUUUGGUGGUGGAACUUUCAGCUCAAAAUACGGAAUUUGGGAGAAACAUGAAGUCGCUUCCUGA